AUGGAAGAGCGCCUGAGCCGGUGGCUCCUGUUUCCGCCGCUCCUGGCGCUGCUGCUGCUCCUCCUCCUCCUCCCGCGCGGGCUCGUCCUGCGCUUUUCCCGGUCGCCCGGGCGGAAGUUCUCCUUCCAAGUCUCGGAGUUGUGCCGCCACGUCCCCUUCGACAUGCGGGGCCGCGACGUGAUGGUUUUCCUGCACAUCCAGAAGACCGGAGGCACCACUUUCGGGAGGCACCUGGUGCGCAACAUCCGUCUGGAGCAGCCUUGCUACUGCCGAGCGGGGCAGAAAAAGUGCGCUUGCCAUCGCCCGGGAGGCGGCGGGGACAAGGGCGACACCUGGCUCUUCUCGCGCUUCUCCACCGGCUGGAGUUGCGGACUGCAUGCGGACUGGACGGAGCUCACCAACUGCGUGCCCGCAGCCAUGGACCGCAGGCGGGGCUGUCCCGCCAAUCGCACCCUCAG